UUGAACUCAGUCACUGACCUAGAUAUCCAUAACAAUAAAAAUAUGUAAACAAACAAAAUGGCUGCACCCUUGGCAAUAGUGCGUUACGUUGCGGUACAACGAGUCAUAUUUGGGCCCCAUUCAAAAUAUGUAUGUAGAGCUUCACAAAUUCAGGUCUGUGUUUUCUAUCAUUUUCAAAAUGUAACAAACAAAUUCUCAAGUGCAGCUAUUGCUAAGAAAGAUGUCUCCACCCCUAUGAGCAAAACUUACCAUUCUUCAGAAGUAGAAACCGAAUGGUAUGACUGGUGGAUUGACAAAGGCUUUUUUACUCCUCAUAAACCUUCAGACGACCAGAAAGUAUUCUCACUACUCUUACCACCUCCUAAUGUAACAGGCUCACUACAUUUAGGUCAUGCUCUGACAGGCUCAGUUCAAGAUGCGGUUGUAAGAUGGCACCGGAUGAAAGGCUACACAACAGUUUGGAUACCAGGUACAGAUCAUGCUGGUAUCGCCACACAUGCUGUAGUAGAGAGAAAGCUGAUGAAGGAGACGGGCAGGACAAGGCAUGACUUAGGAAGAGAAGCAUUUGUUCAGCAAAUCUGGAAGUGGAAAGAGGAACAUGGUAGCACAAUUUCAAACCAAAUGAAGCUGUUAGGUUUGUCACUGGAUUGGUCCAGAGAAUAUUUUACUCUAGACAAGAGAUUGAAUGAAGCUGUGAACAAAGCCUUCUGUGAACUCUAUUUAAGGGGUCUAAUCUACAGAGACAAACGCAUGAUAAAUUGGUCAUGUGCAUUGCAGUCUUCAGUGUCUGAUAUUGAAGUGGAUAAAAAAUCAUUUGAGGUGCCAACUUUACUUCAAGUCCCUGGUUCAGAGAAUGGAGUUCAAGUAGGAAUUCUUUCACGAUUCGCUUAUCAGAUCAAGGAUUCAGAUGAAAAGUUGGUUGUUGCUACAACAAGACUCGAAACAAUGCUGGCAGACACCGCUGUUGCAGUCAAUCCUCAAGACAUCAGGUAUUCUCAUCUAGUGGGCAAGCAACUCGUACACCCUUUUGACAAGAGUAGGCUUAUUCCCAUCAUCGCAGAUUCAUUUGUUGAUAUGGAGUUUGGCACCGGUGCUGUUAAAAUCACACCUGGUCAUGACCCUGUUGACUAUGAAGUUGGCAGACGUCAUGGCUUGCCAAUCAUUGAGAUUUUGAAUGAUGAUGGGACACUACAUAAAGAUAUUCCAGACUUUGGAGGUCUGGGUCGAUUUCAAGUCAGGAGGAAGCUAAAAGACACACUAAGUAACUUGGGUCUCUACUGUGGUGACACAGGACAAAGUACAGUCUUACCCAUUUGUAGUCGUUCUGGUGACAUCAUAGAACCAAGACUAAAAGAACAGUGGUUCUUAGACUGUCAGAAUAUGGCUCAGCUAGCUAUGCAGGCAGUAGAGUCUGGGCAGUUGAACUUAGUUCCUAAAAAUAAUGAAAUCAUUUGGUGGGAAUGGCUCACAAAAUCUCAGGAUUGGUGCUUAUCAAGACAACUCUGGUGGGGACACAGGAUACCUGUAUACACUUGUAAUAAAAGUAAAGAGACAACAUGUGCAAUGAAUGAAGAGGAAGCCAAGGUGAAAUUAAAAUCAGCAUCUGUUUAUCAAGAUGAUGAUGUUCUAGACACUUGGUUCUCAUCAUCCUUACUUCCCUUCUCUGUCCUGGGCUGGCCACAGAAAACUUUAGAUUUAGAACAGUAUUUUCCUCAACAACUUAUGGAGACUGGUCAAGAUAUUUUGUUCUUCUGGGUGUCCAGAAUGGUUAUGUUGAGUUUAGAGCUAACUGGCAGGCUUCCGUUUCAUAAGGUGUUGUUACAUGGAAUGGUGAGGGACGCUCAUGGACGUAAAAUGAGUAAAUCUUUAGGGAAUGUCAUUGAUCCCUUGGAUGUCAUCAAGGGCACAACACUUCAGAAUUUAGAGAAACGACUUGAAGAAGGAAAUUUGAAUCCUAAAGAGAUUGACACUGCAAGAUUAGGGCUUCACCAAGACUUCCCUAAUGGUAUUGCCCAGUGUGGAGCUGAUGCACUGAGAUUCACUUUGUGCUCACUCAAUGCCAAAAAUGUUGAUAUCAACUUUGAUGUAACGAAUGUGGAAAGUAAAUUGAGGUUCUGUAACAAAAUAUGGCAGAGUUUCAAAUUCAUAUUUUCUAAAUUGCCUUCUGACUUUAAACCUUUGAAUACUCUUGAGCUGUAUGGUAAAGAAGAUGGCACUGACCUAUGGAUAUUAAGUAAACUUAGUAUAAUGGUGCAGCUGUGUGAGACACAUUUUGCAACUCAUAAUUUCCAUCUGGUGACUGCAGCCUUGCAACAGUUUUGGUAUCAGGAACUCUGUGAUGUUUAUUUAGAAUCAGUGAAACCAGUGUUUCAGAGUGAUGAUGUGCAGUGGCAGGAGGCCAUUCAACAAAUACUUUUCUUGUGUGCUGAAACCUUUGUCUUGGCUGCUGCACCAUUCAUGCCUUUUUUGUGUGAAGAGCUCUAUCAGAGGUUACCAUCCAGAGAUGUGGGCAAGGCAGAGAGUGUCUGUAUAGCAGAAUAUCCAAAACCUGACAAGUUUCACUGGAGUAAUGACUCUGUGCACACCUCUAUGGAACAGUGUCUAGAAAUUAUUCACUACAUUCAGAAGUUAAGAAAAGAUUUUAACAUCAUGGGCACCAAAUCAAAAGCCUACCUUCAAACAGACAAUUCUGUCUAUAAUGAACUGUUGACUCUACACAAACCAUGUCUCUUGUCUCUGUCCAAAAGUGGAGAUAUCAGAGUGAUCAAACCCUCAGACCAAGUGACAGAAAUGUGUACUGAAGUUUAUGUUAAUCCUGAGCUCAAGGUCAAGGUUGAGCUGAAGGGAACUUCAGUAGAUUUGACUCAAGAACUAGAUAGACUUCAAAAGAAAAAGGAAAACCAAGAACAAGACAAGAAAGAGUUGAAUGAAAAACUUGACAAAUUUCUCAGGAAAAACAAAGGAGACUCCCAAAAGGCAAUCCACUUAAAAAACAAGAUUGCUGCACUAGACAAAGAUGUUUAUAAACUUGAUCAAAUGAUUCAAGCUCUGCAAGGAAACUAUCAAAGAUGAACUUCCAUGUAGAGAAAAUUGUUACUAUAGGAAGACUGAUUGAUGUGAUAAAAUGUGUACUAAUAUUGUUUCAUUGAAAUGUCAAAGUGUUAUUCUUUGUAAUAAAUAAACAGUGUAUUAAAUUAGUGUGUAAAUCCUUUUGUGCUAUAAACAGCUGCAGGCAAAGCUUCUUGAAUCUAUUAGCCAGAAUUGCCAAUGCAACUUCACUUUCUCUAAAUAAGUUUGAAGGCUAAAGAUCACAGGGAGUCUACAGCUAGUUUGCACAACUGAAAUAACGAGAAUGGACCCACUAUAACAUAGGCACCUAUCAAAGACUUUUUUAUGUGUGCUCCCUGUUAACAUGACUUUGUCCUUUUAAAGACAUUUCUCAGAAAUAUGCAGAGGUUGAAAAAUAGUCUUCCAUUACAACACAUUUUUUAUGAGCUCCUUGAGUCUCAUAAAUCUGGAAACCAGACCUUGACACACCAUUAAAUAUUAAUGCAACUGUUUUUAAGCUUAUGAACAUCAUUUGGGAGUUAGUGUCUUAAAGGAGGGGAGAAACAGGUUGGGCAUAUGUAAUCACAUUUUCACCCUUCUUUCUGCUAUUCUGGUGUAUGGCAUCUGCAAUCCGAGACCCUUCCUUUAUGCUCACUAUCCAUUUGGAUCUAUCCAGUGCCACCUCUUCCCAGUUGCUAGUGUUGAUUUUGAAAAGCUUCAUAUUGCGUUUGCAUACAUCUGUAUACCAUAAAAAUGGGCGACCAGUGGCUCUCCUGCUUUCUGUUAGAUCGCCAUAUAGAAUGACUUGUGGAAGUCAGCUUACUGGCAUUCUAUGAACAUGGCCAAGCCAGCCAAGGCAUCUGCUGCUGAUAACACAGCAGAUGUCAUGGCACCCUGCUCUUUGAAGCACUUUCUCAUUGGUUAUUUUAUCUUGCCAUCUUAUUUUAAAGAUCCACCUUAGGCAUCAGAUCAGACAUCGGAAGACAUUCAGCAUACAUACCUGUAUGUAUAGUUAUGUAUAUAGACAGUGUAUUCAUGAAUCAGUCCUUGAGAAAAUAUUAUCAUUUCAAUAUAAAUGUUAUCUUUUGAAGCCAUUCUGAAGUGUGGUCGAGAGGCUAAGUACGCUUGAAUUUGGCUACUUAUAAAGGGGGUUGGAGGUUCGACACCCUACUUGAGCAGAGUUGUGUUUACUGAGUGCCUAAAGGCAGCACUGAAAAACCUUCUCCCAGAUACCCCAUCCCCCCACUGGUCCACAAAUCAGUUUGGACCAUAGCGCUCUGAGCAUGCUAUAAAC